AUGGUGUCCUACACUGAACUGGCGACCAAGAACAAGUCGGUCGACUGCUCAGAACAGCGCGCCCUUGUCUCGGGCGGCACUCAGGGCAUCGGCGCAGGCAUCGCCCUCCGAUUCGCACUCUCGGGCGCAUCCGUCUGGCUCGUCGGCCGCAACGCCGAAAAGGCCUCCCAGGUCAUCGAGCAGCUCGACAAGGCUUCCGCAGAGGCGCAGCGUCGCCGCACCAUCAACUCGUCGCCUUCUUCCUCCAAACCCUCGGACGACGCGGGCAGCAAGCACGCCUUCUUCCAAGCAGACCUCUCGACCACGUCCGGCAUCAAGGACGUGGCGGACAAGAUCAGCCAAAAGGCGGGCAAGGGCGGCAUCGACUACCUCAUCGAGACCCAGGGCGGCCCGCCCAACCCGUCCAUCAAAAAGACGAGCGAGGGCAUCGAGUCGCAGUUUGCCGUCCAGUGCGUCUCGCGCUUUGGCCUGGCAAAGCUCCUCACCGAGCAGGGCAUCGUCAAGCGCGCCGUCCUCAUGGUCGCAUCGCCCGCACAGGGCGGCAGCAAAAAGUGGGACCUCGACGACAUCGACUUUGUAAAAGCAAAGGAGAGCGGCUCCUACUGGGGCGGGCCCUUUGGCAUCCUCAAAAAGGGCAUGAGGGACUCGGCCAUCCUCGACAGCGUCGCACAGACGCUGGCCGAGCGCAACCCCAACAUGACAAUCUCGCACUGCUUCCCCGGCUUCAUCGCGACCGACGCAUCGGCCAACCAGGGCUUCCCCACGCCGCUCGUGUGGGCAUCCAAGCUCGUCGCGCCGCUGCUGGCCCAUAAACCUGGUCCCGGCGGCUACGCCGAGCUGCCCUUCUACCUCCUCGCCAAUCCAGACGGACAGCGGUACCUCGAGACGGGCCAGGCCAAUCUCAUCGGUCCCAAGCUGAAAAAGUACUCGAUCACCUCGUCGGUCCAGGACGGGGCGGAGCGGCAGAGGAUCUGGGAGAAAAUGUCGUCCUACUUUGCUUAA